AAAGGACGAGGAAAAGAGCGAGCAAAGAGAAGAGAAGAGAAGAGAGGAGAGGAGAGAAGAGGCGGAGGGUGGGAAGGUAGAGAAGGGCAUACACGUCUAUAGGUAGUCACGAGCUUCGACGAAGCGCCUGCGCCCGCGAGCACUCCUCGUCGUUACCUCCUCGCAUCGACUACGCUCGUCCGCGUAGACGCGACAGCCGACGUGAAAGCUCGCGCCGCGAUGAAUCGCGUUCGCCGACGGACCGUCAGGCAGGAUGUCAUUCUGCUUGGUUAAUCGGACGCAGGAAGCUACGCCGGAGCCUGGCGUCGAUUGCGCUCGCGCGCUUCUGCGCCAGCGCGAUACACGCACCGACCGUCGCAUCUUGUGACACCGAGUGAGUGACUGACAAGUCAAGUGCGCGCACGAGGACCCAGUGCCCGACCACCGAUCGACCUCGUUUCUUCUUCCUCAGACGUCCUCCCGUUCGGAACUCUGCGGUCCUCCGUUUUCUUUUCUUUUCUUUUUUUCUUUCCACCCUCGUCGCCUUUCCAUCGUCGCGAGACAAUACUACGUGCCUUCCGGCGAGACUCGAAACAAUCGACCAACUUUCGUCGUCCGCCAAACAACGAACAAACCAACGCAAACCAACCUCGCGGAAGAGGAGUCAGAGGGCAGCCGCGCGAGAGAAAAGAAGAGAAGAGAAGAGAAGAGAAGAGAAGAGAAGAGAAGAGGAGAGGAAAGGAGAGAGGAGAGGAACAUUUGCGUGAAAACACGGCGUGGAUCCGUCGGACACACACUCGGCCGAAAGCAGGAAGAGAGACGAGUCGUAGCGUAGGGGACGGUGUGGCUACAGAAGUGGAGGCAGAGGGGGAGGAAGAGGAGGAGGAGCUGGUGCCCGGUGUGGAGGGGGUGGAGGUGAUCGUCUGGUGAUGAUGAUCGGUGGCGGCGUCGCGACCCCUCCUGGUACUGCCAAGUCGGCGGCUGCGAUCGACAGCGAAAUGGUGCAGGUCGACGGCAUUGGCAGUGGUAGUGUCAGUGGCAGUGCUAGUGGUAGUGGUAGUCCAGCGACAGGCGCGACUACUACGCGUAUAACCAACAGCAACAACCUUGCCAGCAGCAACAACAACAAUAAUAAUAACAACAAUAACAACAACAAUGGAGACGUUGCAAACAACAACCACAACAACAACAACAACAACAACAACAACAACAACAACAAUAAUAAUAAUAAUAAUAACGAGGGACACGCGGUGGUAAAUUGCGCCAGCGGACCCGCAACGGCCACCGACAAGUUUUGCUGCCACGACGACGACGCGCCCGUCAGCACCGGCGUUGCGCGCCCUUGGGAACCACCCUCGCCGACCUUCUCGCAGACGAGGUCGCAUCUGUUUCAGGUCCAUCCGCCGCAUCACCAUCAUCAGCAUCCAGCUGCGCAUCACCAUCAACAGAUGACCGUGCCUCCGGUGUCUCUGAUCGACGGUGUGAGCUUGCAGAACUGCACCGCAGGACCGUUCGCCAGCGGCAAUGGCGGUGGUAGCAGCCGUCAACGAUUGCUCGAACUGUCGCACGGACUGGGAGCUCUGAGGCACUACAACGACCUGGCGAAUCACGUGCUGUCGUUGAACCAACAAGGGGCGGUUGUCACCAAACUCUUGGGUACGCUGCGCCCGCCGGGCUUGAUCGGUGGCAGCAAGCCAAAAGUCGCGACGCCGGCCGUCGUCGCCAAGAUCGAGCAGUACAAGAGGGAGAAUCCUACCAUCUUCGCGUGGGAGAUCCGCGAGAGGCUCAUCUCCGAAGGCGUGUGCAGCAACGCGACAGCGCCCUCGGUCAGCAGUAUCAACCGAAUUCUGCGAAAUCGUGCGGCAGAACGGGCAGCGGCGGAAUUCGCGAGGGCGGCCGGCUACGGUUUGUACGCGGCGGGUCCACAUCCGUAUUUCAACAGCGCCCAUCAGCACCCGACGACCAGCCACCACUUGCCCGCUGGCUGGCCAGCGCCAGGGGCAGCCGGCCACCCUUGGAUGCUGCCGCCAUUGGCUACCGGGAUCACCGGCGCGGCUUCCGCUCUGCUACUUCCGCCGUCGUUGAGCCCGGGUGCAGCUGCGGCGGCGGCCGCUGCCGCCUCUGCGUCCGCCGCUGGAACCGCCGACCACGCUCUACACGCCGACGCCAUCACGCGCGGAUACUUGCAAGACGGUGACGGGGACGAGGGGAGCCUGGACGGAUCCGAGCAGCCGAAAUUCCGACGAAAUCGCACCACCUUCAGCCCGGAACAGCUCGAGGAGCUCGAGAAAGAAUUCGAGCGAUCCCACUAUCCUUGCGUGUCUACGCGCGAACGGCUAGCCUCCAAGACCUCUCUCUCGGAAGCGCGUGUACAGGUUUGGUUUUCCAACAGACGGGCAAAGUGGCGUCGUCAUCAACGAAUGAACCUGUUAAAGCGUUCGCCACCGCCACCGCCGCCGCCGCCGCCGCCUCCGCCGCCUCCGCCACCAGCGUCGCUGCCGCAGCAGCAGCAGCAGCCACC